ACCGCGGGUGCAGCAUAGAGGAAAAGAGCCAGCCGGACCCUGGGCUUUGGAGCCAGCCUACCGCGCCCUGCGCCCGAGGCCGCGGUCUCCUGAAGACGGUGCGCCGCGACGGCCCCCGGCGUGACCCGAAGGCCCGUGCCGCACACUCGAGCCCAGGCCCUACCCCGCGUCUUCGGCCACCCCCAGGAGCUCGGGACCUCCAGGCCCUAGGGUGGAUUCAGCCCCUCCUCCACCAGCUCCUGGAACAACCAAAAAAUUCAAUUUGGGAUUUUCCUGAGUAAACAAGAGUCUAGCAUCUUCUGUUCAAUGAUGGAUUUAAUACGUACAUAUUCUUGAGGGAUAUUUUUUAAACAUUCGAUUUUUGAUCUUUAUUUUGUGACAGCCACUCACCUGUACAUUAUUUUUUGUGUGUGUGUGAUUAUUAUUUCCUCUCCGCGCAUUGCUCCUUGACCCGCGAGUGAGAAAAAGGACUCAGAAGCUGAGAGCUCGCAGCUGCGAUGUACCAGAGCCUGGCCAUGGCCGCCAACCACGGCCCCCCGCCGGGGGCCUACGAUGCGGGCGGCCCGGGCGCUUUCAUGCACAGCGCCGGCGCUGCGUCCUCGCCCGUCUACGUGCCCACGCCACGGGUGCCCUCCUCAGUGCUGGGCCUGUCCUACCUCCAGGGCGGAGGCGGGGGUACUGCGUCUGGAGCCACCUCGGGCGGCAGUUCGGGUGCGGCCGCGUCGGGUGCCGGGCCCGGGACCCAGCAGGGCAGCCCCGGCUGGAGCCAGGCGGGAGCCGAGGGAGCAGCCUACACCCCACCACCCGUGUCGCCGCGCUUCUCCUUCCCGGGCACCACCGGGUCCCUGGCAGCUGCCGCCGCCGCCGCCGCGGCCCGGGAAGCCGCGGCCUACAGCAGUGGUGGGGGGCCAGCGGGCGCGGGUCUGACCGGCCGCGAGCAGUACGGCCGUGCAGGCUUCGCCGGCUCCUACUCCAGCCCCUACCCAGCCUACAUGGCCGACGUAGGUGCCUCCUGGGCCGCGGCCGCCGCUGCCUCCGCCGGUCCCUUCGACAGCCCGGUCCUGCAUAGCCUGCCCGGCCGCGCUAACCCCGCCGCCCGACACCCCAAUCUCGUAGAUAUGUUUGAUGACUUCUCAGAAGGCCGAGAGUGUGUCAACUGUGGAGCCAUGUCCACCCCACUCUGGAGGCGCGACGGGACGGGGCAUUACCUGUGCAACGCCUGCGGCCUCUACCACAAGAUGAAUGGCAUCAAUCGGCCCCUCAUCAAACCCCAGCGCCGGCUGUCCGCCUCCCGCCGAGUGGGCCUCUCCUGUGCCAACUGCCAGACCACCACCACCACGCUGUGGCGCCGCAACGCAGAGGGUGAGCCCGUGUGCAAUGCCUGUGGCCUGUACAUGAAGCUCCAUGGCGUCCCCAGGCCUCUUGCGAUGCGGAAAGAGGGGAUUCAAACCAGAAAACGGAAGCCCAAGAACCUUAAUAAAUCUAAGGCAGCAGCAGGUCCCGCGGGCAGUGAGAGCCUUCCUUCCACCAGCAGCGCUUCCAGCACCUCCAGCACUGUGGCCACGAGCAGUGGUGAAGAGAUGCGCCCCAUCAAGACAGAGCCCGGGCUGGUGUCCCACUAUGGGCACAGCAGUUCCAUGUCCCAGACGUUCUCAGUCAGUGCUAUGUCUGGCCAUGGGCCCUCCAUCCACCCUGUCCUCUCAGCCCUGAAGCUGUCCCCACAAGGCUACGCGUCUUCUGUCAGCCAGUCACCACAGGCCAGCUCCAAGCAGGACCCUUGGAACAGCCUGGCCUUGGCUGACAGUCACGGGGACAUAAUCACUGCGUAAUGUCACCUCCCUCCCUCCUCAGAUUCCUGCAUGGACUUGCGACUUGGAGAACAGCAGAGAUGAGGCUCUGGGCUCCCAGCGGCUGGCCUGCUCUGUCUGGAAAUAACUCCAGAACAACUGGGAAGAAACUUGAAGUUGACGAUUUGGUUAGGGGAAGUGGGUGUUGGAUUUUAAUCAGAUGGCUUUUCAAGGUGGGGGGCUGGAAAGAGCCCAGACGCUGAUCUGGAAGCUCCUGUCCUUCACCAGGGGCUCACUUCAGUCCCUUCCGUGGAGUUAGAGACUUCUUUCUCAUUUUCUGCCCACUCCACCCCUGACAAGAGAUGAGAUGUCCUUCUCCCCUACCUUCCCACCACUGUGGCCUAAGGUGGUGGUCUUCCACGGUGUUCCCGGCACCAGGGAUCUGAGGGCAGAUGCAGGGGCAGGCCACUGGGACCCCUGCUCCAGCCUGAGCCAGGGCAUCUGUUUGACAUGCAUUUGGAUGUGACAGGCCCCUUGGGGCAGCUGCUGCCCUUGCCCAACACUCCCCUUCAGGCUCGACCCCACCCCUGCAUUCCUCAAUACUGAAUCUUGACUCCAGAAACGCUGGGUGUAGCUCCAGUGUGACUGGGUGCUCCGUGGGGAGAUGGAGAUGGAGGAGAGGCUGCUUUACUCACCACACAGGACGGCUUCUGCAAAACCGCACCUCGGCACCUUGGCCUCCCCCACGGUCCUUUCCCAGCUCACAGCCUCAUCCCUUCGCUUCUGCUCUUCACCCUGAGGCCUCUGAAAACAAAACCCUGCUCUGAGUGAUUCAGAUCUGCCUUCAGCUUGAACAUGUCACUCCCUCAGCAAAACGAGAGCUCCACAGUUUAGCCAAACAGCAGCUCCCCUCAAGUCUGCUUCCCCCUAAACCUUCCUCCACCCCAUCAUGCACAGAGGGUUCUGACUAAGAACAAAAGAGGUUCUGCUGCUAAAGCACGUUUGACUAGCACUCAUCUAAGACUUGAGAUCCUUCUGGAGAGGCUAUCUGCUGGACAUUGUCUGGGGCUGGGGCAGGCACUGUUGGGGGCCGGGUUUUCCGUGGAUUCUGACUCGCUUGCGCUCGAAUCUUGCUGAUGUCACUCUUGUUCUGCGGAGAUGUGCCUCUUGGUCAGACAGCUGGUGGAGUCCAUCCAGAGUUCCUGCACCCACGUCCUUUCUCCAGCAAAAAUCUCUUACCCAUGAGGCAAAACGCUACGGAUUUUGCAACAUAAAUUCAAAGCAAACAAACCCAAGAAAACUCACGGAAAGAAAGACAACGACUGAUAAGAGAAGACACUGAGGUGGGCCUGGAGGGCUCUCCAGCUCUGCGCUGCUCUGGAUCUGGCCUUCUUUUCCUCUCCACAUUGCUGUUCCUGCCCGUGACACUGGGGCUCGAAGACUCCUCCUUCCUGUCCUCCUGGGGCCUUACUGUGUCCUACCCCAAAACACCCAGCCCCCCACCGAAAAACCCUACAGGCUGUAGCAGAGAAUAUCUCUAAACCAAGAUUCUGUUUUAAUCAUCAUUUACAUUGUUUUCUUUCAUGAAGGCCACCCUCAUGUACCUUCCCUAACCCACAAACCUGUUAACAUUGUCUUAAGGUGAAAUGGCUGUAAAAUCAGUAUUUAACUAAUAAAUUUAUCUGUA